AUGCACCGAUUCCUCACAAAGCAGAAGUUGGACUACUCCAUUAUAGUGGUGGAGCAAAUCGAAAAUCAAACGUUUAAUCGAGCUAAGUUGCUCAAUGUUGGGUUUAUGGAGGCCAACAAAAUCUACAAAUGGCAAUGUUAUCUGUUCCAUGAUGUGGACCUUCUACCGGAAGAUGACCGUAAUUUGCACACUUGUCCUACCAAUAAUCCACGGCAUAUGGCAGUAGCAGUGAAUAAAUUUGACUACAAGCUUCUCUAUGAGGGGAUGUUCGGCACGAGUUCGGCACUGACGUUGGAUCAGUUCAAGAAAACGAACGGAUUUUCGAAUCGAUACUGGGGAUGGGGUGGUGAAGAUGACGACAUGUAUAAGAGGAUCGUGCUUGCUGGAUAUAAGGUGGAGCGGUACAACCACACCAUUGCUCGUUACACGAUGAUCAGACACGAACACGAGCCACAAUCGAAUCCCAUCAAUCCAUGUCGAUACAAGUUGCUAGAACAUACGAAAAAGGACUGGAGAAAUGACGGCUUGAACACAUUGAAUUACAAAGUUGUUAAUAUUACUUUUGAAAAUCUGUUUACUCACAUCGUAGUUGAUUUGUUAGAGGCAACAGAAAGACCUCCUCUCGAGAAAGUAUUUUGCCACUAA